UGAACAAGUUAGUACUUGACUUUGAAAGUUGCGGCAAUAUUUAAUAGAAAUUCUUCCUAUGAAUAAAUUAAGUUAGUUAGUUUUGUGAACACGCUACCUGACAAAAAAAAAAGACUUACAAAAAUGAUGAAAGUUUCGCAGUUUACGACGUCGACGACAAACAGCAAGAAAAUAAACUUGGAUCAACCUACGACACUAAAUAUCACGUCGACGGGCAACACAGGCAACGGCUACAGCACACAUACCACGAAAGAGAAUGGAUAUCCGUACGCCAAUGUCGAUAUAAAAGCAAAUUCAUUCACAACGAGACCCGCAAACGGUGAACAACUCGGAAAGGCACCGCGCGACAUCGAUAAAAAUUGCAAAAACACGUCAAGUGCAAGUUGUAUCUGCAGAAAUUUAGUGAAAAAACCCUCAAAUAUGGAGAAUCGUGAUCGUCUUGGGCAAUGGGGAACGAUGUCAGACCCCGAAACUCCCGGAAAUCUCUCCGGAUUGGAGCGACUUCGACAUGGGCGAUACAAUAAGGGCUUGGCCUUCACUCGUCAAGAACGCCAACUUUUGGGCAUCCACGGACUCUUUCCCGCCGUCGUUAAAACCGAAGAGGAACAAGUUGCGCAUUGCCACGAAUUACUUUCGCGUUACGAGAACGACUUGGAUAAAUAUAUUUACCUGAUGGGACUUCAAGAUCGCAACGAGCGACUUUUUUACAAAGUUCUCGCCUCGGAUAUCGGCAACAUGAUGCCUUUGGUUUACACGCCGACUGUUGGCGCUGCCUGUCAAAAGUUCAGUUUGAUCUAUCACGAGCCGAAAGGGAUGUACAUUUCGAUUUACGACAAGGGGCAUGUUUACGAUGUGCUGAAAAAUUGGCCGGAAACGGAUGUUCGAGCGAUUGUUGUCACAGAUGGCGAGAGAAUUUUGGGUUUGGGCGAUUUGGGAGCGAAUGGGAUGGGAAUUCCCGUUGGAAAAUUGGCGCUUUAUACGGCUUUGGCGGGAAUUAAGCCGCAUCAGUGCUUGCCUGUGACGUUGGAUGUUGGCACAAAUACGCAAAGUUUGUUGGAUGACCCGCUUUACAUCGGUUUGCGGCAAAAACGGGUCACGGGCGAGCUUUACGACGACUUUGUCGAGGAAUUUAUGCAAGCAGCUGUCAAACGUUUCGGCAGAAAUUGCUUGAUCCAAUUCGAAGAUUUCGCCAAUCAGAAUGCUUUUCGAUUUUUGGACAAAUAUCGCGACAAUUACUGCACUUUUAACGAUGACAUUCAAGGAACUGCUUCCGUUGCGGUUUCCGGCUUGAUCGCAUCACUCCGAAUUACGAACACGACCUUGAGCGAGAACAAAAUCGUCUUUCAGGGUGCGGGAGAAGCUGCUUUGGGUAUCGCAGAAUUGUGUGUCAUGGCUCUCAUGGCGGAAGGAUUGCCCGAAUGUGAGGCACGAAAACGCAUCUGGAUGGUUGACAGCAAGGGAUUGAUUGUGAAAAAUCGUCCAAAGGGAGGUUUGAAUGCGCACAAGGAGAAAUUCGCGCAUGAACAUGAUCCGAUCGACUCGUUGUUGGAAGUUGUGAAGCAAUUGAAGCCGACAGCGUUGAUUGGAGCUGCUGCCAUUGGAGGAGCUUUCACGCCGGAGAUUUUGAGAGAGAUGGCGAAAAAUAAUGAAAGGCCCGUGAUUUUUGCGUUGUCGAAUCCGACACAUAAAGCAGAGUGUACGGCGGAACAAGCUUAUGAGAAUACCGAUGGAAAGGCAGUUUUUGCAUCAGGAUCGCCAUUCCCGCCGUAUACGUAUAAGGGAAAGACUUUCCAUCCGGGACAAGGAAACAACAGUUACCAAUUCCCCGGCAUCGCUCUCGGUGUCAUCUGUGCAGGAGCUUUAACAAUUCCCGAAGAGAUUUUCUUGCUAUCAGCUCAAACUCUUGCCAAAUUAGUCACGUGCGAAGAUCUUGAAAAGGGCAGUUUGUAUCCCCCAUUGAACACAAUUCAAAAUUGCUCGAUAAAAAUCGCGACAGCCAUCGUCGAUUAUUGCUACGAAAAGGGACUUGCAUCUGUCGUGCCCCGACCAAAAGACACCGAGGCAUUCAUCAAAUCGCAAAUGUACGAUUUGAAAUAUUCAUCCGCUUUGCCAGCGACUUACGAUUGGCCAAAUAUGUAAAUUUUUUAUACGAAAAUUUAUUUUUUAAUGUUGCGGGAACUCUGUGGGAGUAAAAAAAAUACAAAUUAUUUAAUAUGAAUACAAAAAUCGUCAGUAGAUAAAAAGAAAUUAUUAAAAAAAAAAAUAUUUUACGGUGAUAACGCUUUAAAUGUUGUUUUUCGUGGAAAAUUGUAAAUAUUUAUUUUUGUUGGCAAUGUAUGUGGAAAAAAAAGCUCAGAAAAUUAAAUAUACGUAAGAGACAUUUUUGCUUUUACUUUUUAAAAAAUAAUUUUUUUUAUUAAAUGUUGAAUUUAAAAAAAAAAAAUGUUUGAAACAUUAGAUUUAUGUUAUAAUUUUUUAUAAACAACAUUAAUGAACAAAAGGCAAUAAUUAUUAUUUUUCAAUUUAUUUUUUUAUUUAUUAUUCUUAUUUUUAAUUUUAUAAAAUAACAUUAGUUUAUAAUCUGA